AUGAAAUUCACAUCCACUGCUAUAUUUUCCCUUGCUGUUAUGGCUGUCAAUGCUGCCGACAGUUCAUCUGCUGCAAGUGGUGGUGCUGUUUCCUCAGCUGUUUCAAGAGCUUCAUCAGCAGUUGCUGGUGGCUCAUCAGCCUCUGAUGCGUCACACGCUUCUUCAGCCUCUGAAUCCAAAGCUUCAGGCUCAUCAUCAGCAUCAGGCUCAUCAGCUGCCGCUGCAGGUUCAUCAGGCUCAUCAAAGGCUUCCUCCACCGCAUCAUCCUCCUCAAAAGCUUCUUCUUCAAGUGCCGGAUCAUCAUCCAAAGGUGAUGCUAAUUAUGCUGGAACCGCCGGUGCUGCCGGUGUGUUGGGUGCCAUUGCAGGUGUUCUUUUGUUGUAA